CUGUGUAGUUUAGAAAGUGCUCAAGAACAGAUCGUCUCAUUCAUGCUGCUGUGAGUUUGUUCUGUUUGUGUGUUUGACAGGGAGGAGGUUUGCAUGUGGCAGCCCCCCUGACAGCCUGUAACAGUGAAUGAACGGCAACAGCUGAGCAGGAGAACUUUAUCGGCCACACUGCCUGCUUGUGUGUAUGUGUGUGUGUGUGUGUGUGUGUUAGAGGGGGAGAGAGAGAGAGAGAGAGAGAGAGAGAGAGAGAGAGAGAGAGAGAGAGAGAGAGAGAGAUUCAGGAGGAGCUGCAACCAGAGCAAUCUCUCCGGGCACUCUUCUCUGGCGAGUUCACUGCCGUCCUCUCUCUCUCCGCCACUGGCCUCUUUUCAGAUUCCUUCCCCUUCGGCUCUGAUUCUUUUUCAUCCACGUCUCGCCCCUGUGGAUUUCUCUCUCUCUCCGGGCAGCAGCUCUGUCGUGACUCGCCGGCUGCCACUGCAAGGGAAGGAGAGAGCAGGAGGAAGAAGAGAAGACGAGAGACAGACCAAUCGAUCACUCCGCUACUGAAGAAAGAAGCACUUGGAGAGAAGAGGCGAGGCAGCAGCAGCAGCAGCAGCAUUUUUCUUUACACCUUUCUGCUCCAGAGGAUUUUCUGUGACUUUUACUACAGUCGUCUGAAUCACGUCCUUCCUUUGGAAAGAGAGGACAGUUAUUUGAGAGGACAGCUGGCGCAGUUUUGACACCUCGAGGACUCCUCUUUCCUUUCCUCUUCAACCAAAAACUGCAAACAUUUGGUACUCGGAGGAGGACCGCUUUUGAAUAAGAAGUCCAAUGUUUAUCAGAUAAUUGCACUUCAUUCUGAAUGAUAAUGCUGGACACCAACCAUUGCCUGUCCUUUGAACCCUCCCCCCCGGGCUCUCCUCCAAUGGGAGAUGACAUGGAGAAGGCAGGACUGACGAUGGAUCAUGACAGACAGAUCUAUCACAGCCUGAAAGAAGUCCUCCAGCUCAAACUCCUGCAGAGACGCACACGAGAGGAACUGGUCAGCCAAGGGAUCAUGCCACCACUGAAGAGCCCAGCAGCCUUUCACGAACAGCGGAGGAGUCUGGAGCGAGCAAGGACCGAGGACUACCUGAAGAGGAAGAUCCGCAGUCGGCCUGAGCGCUCCGAGCUGGUCAGGAUGCACAUUUUGGAGGAGACGUCCGCGGAGCCGUCCCUUCAGGCCAAGCAGCUGCAGCUAAAGAGAGCGCGUCUGGCCGACGACCUCAACGACAAGAUCUCCCACAGACCUGGUCCCAUCGAGCUGGUUCACAAGAACAUCCUGUCUGUCACCUGCACUGUGCACUCACCGGAGGGAGCUGAAGGAGAGAGCUCGUCGUUAGAUGAAGACAGCAGUGAUGCUCUGUCACCAGACCAGCUAACCAAUCAUGACUCUCCUGUGAGCGCUGUUCCUCAGCUGUCCCCCCCGGACAUGCUCACCCAGAAUGGAGAAAUUCCCUUCUCACAGUUCCUUACACAGCGCCCUCCUCCUCCUCCUCCUCCACCACCUCCACCUCCUCCUCAACCAGCUCCUGUCCAGGUGAAUGGGUCAGACUCCUCCCCCUUCACAAAAUUAACAAACGGGACGGCGGUGACUAUCGUAAGCUCCCGCCCCUCUACAGGACAGGUCAAGUCUCAGGCUAAGUCGAGUUCAGACCGUCCUCCACAGAGACCCAAGAAACCAAAGGACAGCAAACCCAAGGUGAAGAAGCUGAAGUACCACCAGUACAUCCCUCCAGACCAGAAGGCAGACAAAGAGCGUCCGCCUCAGAUGGACUCGUCGUACGCAAAGCUCCUCCAUCAGCAGCAGCUCUUCCUGCAGCUGCAGAUCCUCAACCAGCAACAGCAGCACUACAACUACCACACCAUCCUGCCUGCUCCUCCCAAGCCACCAACUGAGCAGCCUCCCACGACCACUUCUGGCCCUUCCCCAUCCCGCAGUGCUCCCACGACAACCACCCCCGCCACCUCCAAUCAGAGCGGCAAUGCCCGUCAGAGCCAAACCGCAGUGGGCGGGGCCAAACCAGGCACCCUGCCAGCCAACCUGGAUGAGUUCAAGGUCGCUGAGCUGAAACAGGAAUUGAAACUGCGUGGUUUGACGGUCUCAGGCACCAAGAACGAUCUCAUUGAGAGGCUCCGCAACUACCAGGAGCUAAAUGGCAAUAAUGCAGUGGUUGUGAAAAACGGCACAUCGCAGCCCAGUCAGCAGGCCACAACCUUAGCUGCCAGCAUCGUCACAUCCUCCCCAACCACAAUCACCACGCCUGAGCACCAACCAGGAGAGGGAGGGUUUAAGCUGGCUCUGUCGUCAUUGGCUCAGAUGACUCCGGGGCGGGUCAUGCGGUUUGGCAGCACCAGCUCCAGCCCUCCAGUGUCGCCUACACCGUCUGAGAGAUCUCUGGCUGGAUUGAGCCCCGACGAGACGAGCUGUAAUGGAGACAUGUUUGGAGAGAUGGUGAGCUCUCCCCUCACCCAGCUCACCCUGCACCCAUCUCCUCAGCACCCCUCCAACGUCUCUCCGCUCUCACAGCCUCUCUCCAGCGUCAAAGAGGAAAUCCAGAGCUCAUGCAGCCUCUCCAGGUCCUCACCCUCCUCCAGUCAGCCUCCAGAGCCCCACCUUGGAAUUGCCAUGGACACCAUGGACAAGGACCAAAUGCUGCAUGAGAAGGACAAACAGAUUGAGGAGCUGACCCGGAUGCUACGGCAGAAGCAGAGGCUGGUGGAGACGCUCAGGUCACAGCUGGAGCAGGGCAAGGUGUCAGGUAGUAUAGUGUUAGCAGCAGGGGAUAAGAGCAAAACGACCACAGAGGUGAAACUUCAAACUCUGAUAAAAGCCUCAGCUAUUCAGCCCCCUGUUCUGCCCAAUGGCAUUGUGGUGAAGGUGAAAAGGGAGGUGGAGCCUGAGGAGGGGAUGGAGGGAGUGACAGAGGAGGCCCAGACGAAGAAAUCAGAACAGCCGAUGCAGUGCUCUCAGGAGACUCUCGUACGGCUACAGCACAUCCAUCGGCUACAAGUCCAACAGGCUGAGCAGCAGAAACAGACGCUGCAGCAAAGUCCAACCCAGAAAGCCCCAGAAGUGAAGCCAAACCCUCUGAAACUACAACAGCAGAAGAAAGAAGCUCAAAUCCUGCUCCAUCAGCAGCAGCAACUGCAGCAACUCAUCAUCCAGCAGACCCAACAGAAGCAGCUGCAGGCCCAGCAAAAGUUAGCGCAGCAGAAACUAGCCCAGCAGAAACUCAGUCAGCAGAAGCUAGUGCAACAGAACCAGCUCAAACAAAGCCAAGUACAGGUCCAACAGAACCAGCAGAAGAACCAGGUCCAACUGAAGCAGGUUCAGGUGCAGAUCCAAAAGCCUGCAGGGACCACAGUGCAGCAGAGGAAGCAGCUGAAGGCUCACCAGAGGCACCAUCAGAGGCAGCAGACAGCGACCGCCACCACACAACAGGUGACUCCAAUUGUCAUCAACCAACAGAACGGCACUCAGAUCCACACUCAGGCCAUUUCAUUAGACCUGCUUAAGGCAAACGGAGCGCCCACACUUGUCACUGACAGCAACGGCAACCACUACCUGAUCGCCCUCACGAGUAACACCACAGACGGACAGAACGGAGUGUCAUCAUUGGCCAAAACCAACGGGCGCAUCACACUGCAGAGAUUACAGUCGACCCCAAGUAAACUGCCCAGCACUGAGAGCCAAUCAAAAGAGCAGCCAGAGGUCGAGCCUGUGAGCCAGCCCAUCCAAAAGGGACAGAAGGCGGGGCUUCACCUGGACACCAAUGGCGUGCUGCAGCCCAGCCUGUCAGUCACUGCUCCGCCCAAUCUACAGCCUUUCUUUGACGACGUGUCCGACAGUGAAAGCCAAAGCAGCUUAAUCUCGUCUCUGAAGCAGGAGAACGGCUUGAACAGUCAGCAGAUGGACGACCUGUUUGACAUCCUGCUGAAGAGUGGAGAAAUCCCCGGCUUCAAGUCCAACCCAGACCCAUCCCUCACCCCACUCUCCGACCCACCCUCCCCAUCUUCACCCCCAUCUCCCCUCCACCUCUCUCCUCCCACCCCCACACAGUCCCUCAUCUCCCCUCAGCCCUCUGUGUCUGAGUCCUGCACGGGCAGCGGGCGCCUGGAGGACUUCCUGGAGAGCACCACAGGUGUCCCGCUGCUGGGCGUGGAGCCAGACGGCGGCCUGACCCUGAUAGACGACCUCCACAGCCAGAUGCUGAGCACGCCCAGCAUCCUGGACCACCCCCCCUCCCCCAUGGACACAUCCGACCUGGGCUUUUCCCCUCACUCCACGGGGCUGGACUUUGGAGACCCCACCUUGGACAGCAUGGACUGGCUGGAUAUCUCCAUGGUGGGAAGCAGCAGUGGAGGGAGCGGGGGUGGUGUGGGGAGAGGAGGCAGUAUAGUAGGAGGAGUUAAUGACGGAGACGGGGGCACGAGCCUGACCCCGCUGGCGCCGCACACUCCACCCAGUGUCUUCUCUGCCGACUUCUUGGACAGUACGGACCUUCAGCUGCACUGGGAGUCGUGUCUGUAGCCCUCCGCGCGGACUGUCAGGCGCUCGCUCACACUGUGUACAGGCUGCGUCUUUAUUUCAUGCACAUACUGAAACCUUUUCUAUGCUGUCUCUACCACUGCGGGGGUCACUGGCACAUGCAAAUGCACACACAUUUACACACACGUUUGCCCUGUCUUUUACUGGCUGUUACUGAAUGCAGGAUGAAACAAGAGAGACACAUAGAGUGUAAAUUCAUAGAAAGGACUUGAACUUGUUGGAACUGAAGUGGACUUUUUGAAAUUGAAUUCUAUGUGCAUCCAAACAGGAGAUGGCUCACAUCCAAGCUGGUGAAACCCUCCUUCCUGUGUCCUGAGCUGCAACCUAAGCAGGUUAAAGUGAACCAGCAGAGCUGUUGGUCACUGUAAUGAAACAUUUUAACUCCUAAAAAAAGGUUUGACAGAUUAGAGCCGAGGAUUGACCGUCAGUGACGAUCACUCAGGCUCCUCCAGAUAUCAGAGUGUGUGUGUCAGUACCUCCUAAACUUUGCACUUAUGCUGAAUCUGAUUGGUUUGAAGGGGGCGUUCAGGUCACAAUCUGAAAGCUGCUGGGUGAGAUAAAGCAAGAGUCACCAUAACUUUGAUCAGCUGAUUUGUUCAUUGUGAGAAGAGAGAGGCAGCUGUCAGUGACCUUGUCGCCCGCGGCAACCUGAACCCGCCCACACUAGUCAAAAAACAACAACCGUCAUAGGUUGACCGUUGCUAUUGAAAUGAACCAUAUCAUUGGCAACAGUUUGAAUUGAAGCCUCAUUAGAGGUUGCGUAUUAAUGGUAACAUUAUGGUAGACCACUAUGUAUUGCUGUAUAUGGGGUGUAUAUUAUCAAUUGUCCAUAUGACUAUUUUUCUUUGCUGGUUGCUUUAGAGUUGAGCUAGCCGGCUGGGGAACAUAGGGUGAGGGCGGGGCUUCCAAAGUACUUGGACCUUGUCAUUUUUUAAAGAAAAAAAAAUAAAGAUAUUAUAAAAAGUC